AAGCCGUAUAAAUGCACAGAGUGUGGAAAAUGCUUCAGUGCCCUAUGUAAUCUUACUUCCCAUAAGAGGAUCCACACAGGGGAGAAACCCUAUGAAUGCCUGGAGUGUGGAAAAAGCUUCAACAGACGUGAUACCCUAAUUUUACAUAAUAGGAUCCACACAGGGGAGAAACCAUACAAAUGCCUGGAGUGUGGAAAGAGCUUCAGUCAAAAAGGUCAACUUAAGUCACACGAGAUGAUACACACGGGAGAAAAACCAUUUCAAUGCAUGGAGUGUGGAAAGAGCUUCCAAUGCUCUGCACACCUUACUGCCCAUCACAGAAUCCACACAGGGGAGAAACCCUUUAAGUGCCUGGAGUGUGGAAAGCGCUUUGUCUGUUCUAGUGGCCUUCAUGCCCACAACUGGACCCACACAGGGGAGAAACCAUACAAAUGCCUGGAGUGUGGAAAGAGCUUCCGUAAAUCCGGACACCUAACUUCCCACAGAAGAAUCCACAGUGGAGAGAAACCAUAUCAAUGCACCGAGUGUGGGAAGCACUUCACUCAAACAAGUAAUCUUACUCUCCAUAAAAGGACUCACACGGGUGAAAAGCCCUAUAAGUGCAUCGAGUGUGACAAACGCUUCACCAGUUCAGGUUCCCUCACUUGCCACAAAAGGACCCACACUGGGGAGAAACCCUAUCAGUGCCCCGAGUGUGGAAAAUGCUUCAGUGAUUCUGGAGCACUGAGGAUCCACACAAGGAUCCACACAGGGGAGAAACCCUAUAAGUGUACGGAGUGUGACAUGAGUUUUAGGAGAAGUGGUUGCCUUGGUAAGCACAAGAGAAUCCACACUGGGGAGAAACCGUAUACAUGUCAUGAGUGCGGAAAAAGCUUUAGAGGUUAUAAUUCCCUCAGGAUCCAUAGAAGUCUUCACACAGGGGAGAAACCCUAUAAAUGCCUGGAGUGUGGGAAAUGUUAUAGGGAGAGUGGCCAGCUUACCUCCCACAAUAGGAUCCACACAGGAGAGAAGCCAUUUAAAUGCAUUGUGUGUGGAAAGGAUUUCAGAGAUGGCAGGAAUCUUACACGCCAUAAAAAAAUCCACAUGGGAGGAGCCCUAUCAGUGUGUGGAGUGUGGAAAGAAAUUCAGAACCUGGAGUAAUUUUAAUUGCCAUACGACGACACACACACAGCAGGAAAAGAUGAUGUAAGGCAUAAACAUCAAGAUAGGUGGGGAGCGGGUGGACCUGCCUCACGCACCCCUUACCCACUUACCUGAGGACUGCCACAGUCAGACC